GUGGAAGAGUGGAAGGGGGCGCUGGUUCCAGUUUAACCUGGCCGCUCUGAGGGCUCCGCGGCGGGGCUUCUCCUCGCUCGUCGCUGCGCGGUGGAAAGGGAAAGGAGAGGUCCAAGGAAGAAGGGGGGAUGACAUGCAUGUGUCCUAGCCUGCUAACAUCCCUGACGACUCGCACGCUAACAGACUGCCCACACUCACGGCAUGGCGGAUGUACUGGGUGAGGCAUGUCGUCGCACAGAAUCAGCACCGGGGAAAGAGCAGACAUCACAAAAAGAGACAUCUGUUCGCUCUGUCAUUCAGUAAACCCUUGCUGGUCCAGGCUUGAAUCGUCUCUCUGUACACAGGUCCGAUUCCAGCUGAGCAGGAGGGUGGUGAGCUGGCCAUGGGCGGAGGUCGCAGCGAGACCUCAGCUCUGAGCGGGGCAGGAGAGGCCCGGGGUUUGACCACUACCCAGAAUUCCCAGCGGCCCAAUGCCUGCUGCUUCUGCUGGUGCUGCUGCUGCAGCUGUUCAUGUCUCACCGUCAGGAAUGAAGAGGAGAGACGGAAGAGAAGGAGGAAGAGAAUAUCACAGGACACCAAGAUAGAAACCAAACUUGAAACCUGUCCCAAGCCCUCGGUGGAGGAGAUCCGGAUGUGGUCUCAGUCGUUCGACAAGCUGAUGAGGAACCCCGCAGGUCGGAACGUUUUCCGGGAGUUCCUGCGGACCGAGUACAGCGAGGAGAACAUGUUGUUCUGGCUGGCCUGCGAAGACCUCAAACAAGAAAUCAACAAGAGUGCCAUAGAAGAAAAAGCUCGGUCCAUCUACGAAGACUAUAUUUCUAUAUUAUCGCCAAAAGAGGUUAGUCUGGAUGCCCGGGUUCGAGAGGUGAUCAACAGGAAGAUGCAGGACCCCACGCCUCACACGUUUGAAGACGCCCAGCUGCAGAUCUACACGCUGAUGCACAGGGACUCCUACCCACGAUUCCUCUCCUCCAAUAUUUACAAGACCCUGGUUCUGGGCAGGUCCCGCACCUCCUCAGAGUGCUAGUCCUCCCCCCCGAAGCCCUUCGUCCGCCUCUAUGCUGCCUCGUGUUCCUCGGACAGGAGCGUUUCACCUCCUCUGUCACACACUCCUCUGUUCAAAUCACGUAGUCUUUGAAUCACUGCCAAGACGUCCUUCCCUUCUCUUCUCCACCAUCACCUUCCGGUCAUUUUCAGGCCUUGAAAAUUGAAAUUAAUUUGAAUAAAACAAAUGUUCUGCACAUCCAAGUGAAGGAAAGUAGAAUCAGUUAACAUUUAUUGCCAGAAAUAUUCAAGUUCAAUGAUCCUCACUCGUGUUUACAGGUCAAGCCCAUCCAUGAAGGCAGAUUUAGUUUCUUCCUCUUUCUGUUCCUUUUUUUUUUUUGCUCUCCUCCUCAGCUGUGAGCAACCGGAGAAGGACGUGUUCCUGGAUAUUUAAGUAUUUAUGAGUUAGGAUCUACUGUUAUGUGGAGAUGUACUUGACUACUUUGUGAGAGUCUGAUGCAUUUCAAGAGGAAAACCGUUCGUCUGUGCCAUGAACCUUUGGUGGAUUCGUCCUUCCUCACACACUCCAGCCACCGUAACGAGCCAAUCAGAGGAGGACGUCCCAGACUUUCAACCUGCAGUCACCUCUUCCUGACGAAGGACGGAAAGCUGAAAGGAAAAGACGGAUGCUGAAUCAUUCCCCCGUUCUUUCUGUCGUUUUUCCUCCGUUCAACUGGAAUAACAGGGUGCUCGCUCCAUCUCCCACUAAAACAAAAAACCCACAAAGUUUUCUGGAUCAAUCGUUUCCCACCUGCCAUAAACAGACGGAUGAAGGAAGGACGACAUUCCUUCCAACUACUGAUUUACAAAAAGACGACGAGUCUAUUUUUUAAGAGAAAACUCUAUAUGAAACAAUUUUAUUAUAUAUAUAUAUAUAUAUAUAUAUUUUUUUUUUUUUUCAUUUUAUUUCUCCUACUGAAUCCCUCACCUGAAUGAUGAUAUUUUUUGCAAGCGGAGGAGAGUUCCUCUGAAACUGUACUGAUCUCCACCCAACACACACACACACACACACACACACCCACCCACACACGCACACACACACACACCACCGCAAUAAAACACUGGAGUCCAGACAACAGUCACACACUGAUCAUAUUUGAGUCACUCUGCGCACAGGGAUUGUUCAGAAAUCAUGAGUUAAUUCACUAAAUAAUUCCCAGUGAUGAAGAAAACCCCGAGGAGUUAAAGAGGAGAAAAACAGAAGUCUGCUCUGAGCGUUUCCUGUUUCCCUCUCAGGGACGGUCACUCUCUAAACUCAGGUUUUCCUGCUGGAGCUGUGAGUGUGUUACCGUUGAAAUGGAAGCGAAGGCAGCAGAUGAUCGCUUGACUCAUAUUCCUCACAAGACCAAAACCAACUUCCUGAACGGUUUUCAGGAACAGCAGAGUUUAGUUCGAAGCUGGCAGCAAAACUGUCUGGUUUUUAAAGAAAGCCUGUUUUUAAGCUUUAUUGAUUAAUUCAUCCCAUAUAUGAUCAAAAGUUUGAUCAUAUGAUUAGUGUUGACAUAAUCUCUUCUUGUGUUUUAUUUUUUAUGAAUCCUAACUUUGCACAUUAACUAAGGACCUUUUCAGUCCAUCUAGUAAACAUGAAAAAAUUAGACACGGAGCAGAGGUGUCCAAAGUGCGGCCCGAGGCCAUAUGUGGCCCCUGGGAUGAUUUGGUGUGGCCCCCAAAUAUAAUUCAAAAAUUACAUUAGUUUGGCUGCUAACUUGUGCAGGUGGUUGAUGCAAAUUGAGACUUUUUGCUUUGAAUUAGGGCAAAAUUAUUAGAAACAAAUUAAAAUCUUCCAAUGAGGGAAAAUGUUUGAUGAAAUAGAAAGCAUUCAUCUUUUUACAACCAUGCUUUUUGCAAUCUCUUUGACUUUAUAGGAAAUAGGAACACAUUUAUGUAGUGACUUGGUUAUGUAGACUUUGGUUCCCUAAAAUCUGCGUUUAGAUAAUUGAUUAAACUUAUCUAAAUAUGGCCAAAUUUGAUCUAAGACUAAAAUCAUUUUUUUGUCCCAGUGAAGCUGAAAAAAUGUACAAAUUGGAAGUUUUCUUUAUUUAUUGUAGGUUUAGGUUAUUGUUGAGCAGGAAAAAAGGUCAUAAAAUUAUUUUAAAUUGUUUUAAAAAUUCUAUAUAUUUUUGACUCAAGUGAUUUUGGUCAAUGUGACGAAACAUUUGGACGGCCCUGACAUGGAGGCUAAAUCUAUCUGCAGCCUGAUAUUAUGUAAGGUUUGUGAUAUAAAAAUGAUGUGCUUAUUUAGUGUUGCAGUGUCUAAUGAAAACAACUUAAAGUCUAAUUUCUUUCCAAACCUGGUCUCAAAAUUCAGUAUGGUGGCCUCAAGGAAUAACAUCUUCCAGUCUGAAUUUAGUUGCAUUUAUAUUAAAGAAAAAAUUUUGUGUUUUUUUUUCUUCUGUCAAGCAGAUGCUAGGUUAAGUAGAUUGUAGUUAUGAGUGUAAUUUGUCAAAGAAAUUAGACAUGGCUGAGAAUAACUCCAACUGUUAGAUGGCAGAAAGGUUCUUCCAGUACAAUCCUCAGUGUGUAUAGAAGAAGAAUCAAGAGGCAUUACUGGGACACACACCAGUUUGGUUCAGACUGGGAAGGUUUCUGGCUAAUUAGCUGCAGAAAUCCACAUCUUUUCUGUGUCUUUUCUAGAAAAGUGGCCAGUUUAUUGUGCAACCUUUGGCGGAUAACAUUACUGCAGCCUAAAAAUCUCACAGAUGUGAACAAUAACCCUCAUGUAGAUCUAAUUAGCCAAAAACAAACAAGGAUGAUUCAAUGUUCUGCACUUUAAAAAUCCCCCAAAAAUCAAAACACACUUCAGAACAGUCCCAGUAAGCAUAGUAAUUCAAAUAUUUAUACACACAUUCAUACGCACACACACACACCAGGGUGGCCUACCUGGGCACUGCUGCUGCUGACCUCUGUAACCUCUCACCUUUGACCACGCCACUGUCUGAUGCCCACUUGCACGUCUGCUCCUGAUUGGCUGCAGGCGGGCUGAUCUGUGGUUGGUCAGUUCAGAAAGAGGGGUGGGAGAAAAAAUCCCAGGUGCAAAAAAAAAAAAAACUUCACGAAAAAGAGCUGAUAAAAAAACAUACAGAGAUGAAAACAAGGUAACUAUUGUAUGAGAUGGUAUGCAUAACCCCGGUGCUUCUUGGGAAAUGUAGUGUGAGGAGAACAAACGUUUGUAGGUGCCUGUAACGGCAGACGGACCAUUUAAAUAUUAAAAAAGAGAGCUAUCUGAGUCUUUUACCAGGUUGGUCACUCAGAAUGCAUUUACCUUAGUAUUGUUAAUGUUAUUUAUUUUAUAUUUUGUUAAAACUGUGAUUUAAUUGUACAGAUAUAAAUGGAAACCCUGGAGCAUC